AUGGUGUUCUCAACAACAGUGCAGCCAUGUGAAGAUUCCGAAUGGCCCAAAGUGGUGGCGACUUCUCCGUGGAUGCGGCCCUCUUUCUAUUUGGUCUUUCGCGGAGUCUGGGCAGCCGUGUUCUUGGGGCAUCUCAUUGCACACAUUGCAAGCCACGAUGAAGGCGCCUACUACCUGAUCUACCUCACCACCUGGGCGCUGAUCACGCAGACCAUAUCUGAGAUGUUGCUAUUUAGUUUGGCCAUCUUGGGUUACCGGCGCCUGUCGGGUCCGCCGCCUGAAAAACUCCCGGUGGCGGUACGGAUAGAGGUGGCUCUUUGGAGUGCCGUCCAUCCAGUUGCAGUGAUCCUUGCCUUAUUGGGCUGCAAGCAACUACGUGUUUCUUUGAUACUAAGCGCGCGCACUCCUGCAUGCGUGACUUAUUCGAACGCACGGAUAUUGUUCAGGUUGUUGCUGUUUGCUGCACUGGCCUCGAUUGGUCACAACGCUGCACCAGCUGAGGGUGGUAUGGUUGCUGCAAUUUGGCUGCAAGUAGCAUUGCAGAAAACCUGCCGACAGUGA